AUGGAGGGAGAUUACGAGGUAUCAGGACAUGAAGUGAUCAAACUCGCGCCAGACAUUGAAUCUCAGGUGGCCAGUGUGCUUUUGGACAAGGACCCACUUGAUUCAGGCGAAUUCGAUCCAGUUACUUAUAUUAAUGCCUUAUUUCCAAACGAACAAUCAUUAUCAACAGUCGACACAGUCCUAACGAAACUACGGACCAAGAUACGUGGUCUAGAUCAAGAAAUACGAGAAUUGGUUCGAUCGCAAACUGAUGCCGGUGGACAGAUUCGGGGAGAACUGGAAGCUACAAAGAAGGCUAUGCAGGAUUUGUUUACACGCAUCAAACUGAUUAAAGAGAAAGCCAAACAAUCUGAAAUGAUGGUGCAUGAGAUUACAAAGGAUAUCAAGAGUUUGGAUCAUGCUAAACGCAAUCUGGCUGUUUCGAUUACUGUGUUGAAGAGGUUGCAGAUGCUAGUCUCGGCACUAGACCAACUCCGUGUAAUGGGCUCACGCAAACAAUACACUGAAGUAGCUCAAAUCCUACAAGUGGCAGUCCAAUUGCUUCAACAUUUCAGACCGUACAAAUCCGUGCGUCAGAUCUCGGUCCUUUGUGAAGCUGCUACGAAUAUACAGGCGGAUUUGAGGAGGCAAAUAUUUAAUGACUUUGAUGCUGGGUUUGUGGGUGGUAACCUGAGGUCACAGGUUAAGUUGCUUAGUGAUGCGUCUUUGGUUAUUGAGGUGUUGGAAGGUGAUGCCAAGAGACAACUCAUUGACUGGUACACGGAUUUACAGCUCAAAGACUAUCGCAACAUUUUCAGAAACAAUUUGGAUGUUGGUGGUCUAGACAACGUAUCUCGUCGAUAUGCAUGGCUAAAACGAAUACUGAAAACAUACGAUGAUGAACACUCACAGAUAUUUUCAUCGUCGUGGGGUGUGGCCGAGUCUCUUUGUGACAAGUUUUGUUCGGAUACCAAGAAGGACCUCGAAGCUGUACUAGUCAAAUUGGGUGCUACUGUAGAUACCAAGAUCAUGUUGCAAGCGCUACAGCAGACGAUCGACUUUGAGAGUAAACUAGGAAUGAGAUUUGGGUCACGAGUCGGCGACGAAGUUGGAUCACCAAAAGGAGAUCAUGAUGUUGCACCACAAAAUGGCAAAUUCAGCAAGGCUAUCUCAGCAGCAUUUGAGUCGUCUUUGGUUUAUUAUAUUGAAUCUGAAGACAAAGUACUCGGUGGAAUGAUGGACUCGUACAGAAUCAAACCAGAAGAAGAAGAAGGAAUCUACUCGUCAUCCACGGACUUGUUUUACUUUUAUCGACAAAGCUUGGUUCAAUGUGCGAAACUGUCUACUCGUAAACCAUUCUUGGAGAUGUGUAAGCUGUUUGGCAAGUGGUUGAGAGCGUAUGCUGAUAUAUUGCAAGUUAAAUUGCCAAGGGAUGAUGGAAGAUCCAGAAAUGUCACUGAUGAUGAACUCAGAACAAUCAGUUUUGUGAUUAAUACUGCUGAUUAUUGUACCAGUACGACUUCCCAGUUGGAAGAAAAGCUGCAAGAAAAGAUUGAUUUAGAGUUCAAGGAGCAAGUUAACUUCGAUAAGGAGCGAGAAUCAUUUCUCAACGUUACCUCGAACGGUGUCAAGGCACUUGUUCGAGCUAUGGAGUUAGUAUAUGAAGGACCACUCAAUUCAGCCUCCAAGAUGUCAUGGUCUGCUGUCGAGUCUGUUGGAGAUCAAUCGAAAUUCGUGUCUCAAAUGGCAACAGCACUUGGUCCAUCUGCUUCCAUCAUCAAAAAGACCCUCACAAAUCACAAAUAUUAUCGAACGUUUUGUGACAAGUUCUCAGAGUCAAUUUUAUCAAAAUGGCACAAUGUUAUAUAUAAAUGUAAACCAAUAUCUGAAAUUGGUGCUGAGCAAAUGCUGCUAGAUACACAAGGGUUACGUGGUAUAUUAAUCGAAAUGGCCAACAUCGGAUCUGAUCCUACUCAUCAAGCACCCGCUACAUACAUAAAGAUUCUGAGUAAAGGUGUAACCAAGAUUGAACAGUUGCUCAAAGUCGUCAUGUCACCGCAUGAGCCACCGGAAGGAUUGGUGCAGAAUUAUAUACUCUUGUUUAAUGAUCCUAGUGUUGCCAACUUCUCAAAGGUUUUGGAUCUUAAGGGUCUCAAACGAGCUGAUCAACAAGCAGUAAUCGAGGUAUUCCAAAACCGAGCUGCUAGUGGUAUUGCAACACCGAGUUUGAGCACACCUGCUUCAACAAUAUCAGCUUCUGCUGCUGCUGCAAGUAAUGCUGCUACAUCAUCGGCCAACAGUGCUAGUGCUGCAUCUGCAGCAUCGCAAACUAAAGCUCAGCAACAAUUCUCACAGUUUACCAAGUUUGUUAGUGGGAUGGGUAAAACGAGGAAUCCAUAG